AGCCAUCUUGUUUUUUUUAUCCGUCCUAAACCCGUUGACCGAGCCAGAGGAAACAACCACAGAUGACACUAUAUGUACACCCUAUCAACCUGAAAUAAACACAUCUGAAUAUUAAAACAUAUUUAUCAUCGACGGAAUAUACACGCCACCCAAAACAGUGCGCGGUUGGAUUUAUUUUUGUAACAUUGUGGCUGGUGCCAUAAAUGCGUUUUCUCUGUGUACAUUUUCUCCGGUGUAAGCUAACAUGAAUGGAGGAUAAAUGUUGCCGAAAGCUGACAGCGGUGGUUUUGUGCUUCUCCUCUUUUUUCUGACAUUAACAGGUCCACGGCUUGCUCUGGCCAGACUGUUGUCAGAGCUGCGCUGCAGUCCAAGCCAGUUUGCUUGCCGGAGUGGAAAAAUGCAGUGCAUCCCUCUGUCCUGGCAGUGUGAUGGUUGGACGGCCUGUGAGGACAAAAGCGAUGAGAUAGAUUGCCCUACAAUUAAAGAGGAGAGGUAUCGUUUCAGUAAUGGGUUUGAGCCGGUGGAGGAUGUUAUGGGUGUCGCUCAGCCAGUGCGCUUCAACAUGAAGUGUCCGAGCGGCUGGCACCAUUAUGAAAAAACAGCAAGCUGUUAUAAAGUGUACCUGAGGAGCGAAAACUACUGGCAGGCGGUGGAAACCUGCCAGAAAGUCAACGGCUCCCUCGCUACGUUCGGCACCAACGAGGAGUUGCAGUUCAUCCUCAAAAUCGAGGUGGAUUUUGACGAGAAAGUGUGCGAACGAAAGGACCAGUGCAAGUUCUGGGUGGGAUAUCAGUAUGUGAUUACUAGCCAGAAUCAUUCUCUGGAAGGCCGUUGGGAAGUGGCGUACAAAGGAUCCAUGCAGGUGUUUUUGCCUCCGGAGGGGCUGGCUAACUUCGGUGAGGCAAAUCCCACCCAGGACAACGUGUUCUGUGCUCAGUUGCAACGCUUUCAGAUCAAGAGCAUGAACGAGCGAGGCUUGCACAGCUGGCAUGCUGAAAACUGCUACAAAAAAUUCCCUUUCCUCUGCAAAAGAAGGCAAACAUGUGUAGACAUCAAAGACAAUGUAGUGAAUGAAGGCUAUUAUUUCACACCUAAAGGGGACGACCCCUGUCUGAGCUGCACUUGCCACGACGGCGAGCCAGAGAUGUGUGUGGCUGCCCUGUGUGAACGCCCACAGGGCUGUCAGCAUUUCCGCAAGGACCCCAAAGAGUGUUGCAAGUUCACCUGCUUGGAUCCUGAUGGCAGCAGUUUGUUUGACUCUAUGGCCAGUGGCAUGCGUCUCAUCGUGAGCUGCAUCUCGUCUUUCCUCAUCCUCUCUCUGUUGCUCUUCAUGGUGCACAGACUGAGGCAGCGGCGGCGAGAACGCAUCGAAACCCUAAUCGGAGGCAACCUGCAUCAUUUUAAUCUGGGUCGGAGGGUUCCUGGAUUUGACUACGGGCCGGAUGCCUUUGGAACAGGCCUGACGCCUCUACACCUCUCCGAUGAUGGUGAGGGGGGUGCAUUUCACUUCCAGGAGCCACCACCCCCUUAUGCUGCUUACAAAUACCCAGAUAUUCACCACCCUGAUGAUCCUCCACCUUCGUAUGAGGCCUCCAUCAACCCAGACAGCAUCCUCUAUAUGGACCUCGGGCGGACCAGAGUUCCUCUAGCGACCGGGCAUAUGAGCACCGCGGCCGACUGUCUCCAGAGGGAUUUUUCCGAGCAGACGCCCGCCCCACCACAGCUCCUGGAAGAGCGCGAGGACUCCAUCGACAGCAGCACCCUACUGGUGUCUCCAGACUCUCCAAGCGAAUCAGAGAACAGUAUCACACAGAGCUCCACCGCAGACUGCACCAGUGGCCCGUCACUGAGCACCGUGGUAUAGAGAAGGAGAAAUACAGAGAUCAGAAAGCCGCACAUGCCGAGACUGGUCACUUCACUAGGAAUUAAGGCAUUGGAGGCUAUAGGACUCAAUAACACUUUGGAGGUUCAGAGUGGAGACUUUAAACUCUAAAGAAAGACUAUUCAAGUUUGUUUUCAUCGGGUAACCCUCUGUUUUUUCAGUGUGAGCAUCACAUUGUGUAAAUACUUCCUUCGGCCCUUGAUUGAGUUCUCCAUUUCGUCACUUAAAAGGAUAGUUCACCUAAAAAGAAAAUGCGGUCAUCAUUUACUCAAUCUCAUGUCUUUGGAAACCCAUAUAACUUCCAUGGAACACAAAAUAAGUUAUUAAUAGCAAAAUGUCCACGCUGCUCUUUUCCAAACACUAAAGUGAAUGGUGACUGAGACUGAGGUUAGGAAUGGUUUCAAGUGAAUAAAGACUUAAAUUUCAGUCUGUUCCUGACACAAAGUGAAUGCUCUUAUAUCUUAAGAAGACUGGGAAUACAGUACAAUUCACAAGUUGUAUGGACUAUUUUUAUGAAAUUUUUAUGGUGCUUUUUGCCCUUUUAAGAGCUUGACAUCUCCUGGUUACCACCCACUUUCAUUGUAUGGAAAAGAGCACCAUUAACAUUCUGCUAAAUAUCUUUUGUGUUCAAAAGUCAUACAUGUUCAUAACAACAUAAAUUAUGACAAAAUGUGUUGUUGGGUGAGCUAUUCCUUGAACUUGAUAUAAGCUUACUCUGAUACACAUUCGACUCUCUCACUCUUUCUGUCUCUCUCUCUCUCUCUGAGGUUUACACUGGCAUGUGUCAAUCACCUCACUUUGAGAGAAUGAACUGCUUGAUGAAAAGACAUUUAGGCCUUAGUGAUGUAGUGACACAGACCUAACAUUCUCACAGAAAUUGCACACAGAGUGUCUGUUUUCCUGGCACGAAGAAGCUAUUUUUCCUUGACUUAAUCUGCUCUGUCCAAACUGACCCCACCAAACCCUUUCUCAGGCUAUUUUGGGUGGUUUUCGCCUGCCCUCCUGUAUUCCUAACACCUGCCCUGUCCAUAUGUCUCUGAGAAGUGUAAAGGGGCGUAUACAUGAACAGCAAUUUCCAGUGAGCAAUUUCCAGCGCGAUGAGCAACAGAGACCAUGGCAAAGCAGCAAAGUUGAAACGGAACUCAACUUUGUGCGAAUUAGCAUCGACGCAAAGCGCCAACUACUAGUUGGAGUUCAGACAGUGAUCUGCCGCCGGAUAAAUUUCGAUACUAGAAACCAACCACACAAAGACAUCCAGUGUUUUAAUCACUGUCAAUGUGAACGCCCCUUUAAAGGAUGGAUCCGUUUGGAUGUGAGCAAUAUUGUGUCCUUAUCUGGAUUUUGUGAUGUCUGGUUUUUACAUUUUUGUCUGUUGGAUCAGUAGCUCAAACUUGAAAAAUGAAGAAACUUUGCGGUACAAAUUUUUUUCGGUCAGCAUUCUGCUACGACUUUUAAAUAUCCUGCUGUGACGUGGCAAUGCAAAUCCAUUGCGGAAAUUUUUGGAAUGUCACCAUUAACCUUGAAGCAUUUGCUAUUCUUUUGGGAGGCGUGCUUCUUUAAAACAGACUUUGUUGUAUUGUCACAGUGAUUGAUGUUAUAUUUGCUCACCUCAAAAAAGGGGUGAAUCUCAUGAAUCCCACGGGUCAUAAUUUUGCCCAAAAUAAAAAGGAAAAAAGUGAGAAAUUAUAUUUUGCAUAAAGUAAUUGAAGCUGAUUUUUAGAACCAUUAAGAUUUAUUGAAUUGUGACAUUAUUUCUGUGGCAAUCAGGGCUGGACUGGUAAUCUGGCAUACCGGGCAUUUUCCUGGUGGGCUGGCACGCUUUGGGGCUGAUCAGGGGUGGACUGGCCAUUGGGAGAACCGAGCGGGCCUUUGGGUCGACCGUGGAAUGGGCCGUGAUAAGCUAAUAUGAGCCGCUGCUUUAUGCAGAACAGACCACAAAAGGGCGCCGCGAUAUGCAGAACCCCACAAGUUUUGGGCCAGAUGCCAUGUAAAAUCCCGAGCGGAUUUCUCUUCCCAGUCCAGCCCUGAUGGCAAUUAAGCAAACAAUGAAGAGCAAAGUGCUAGUAAUGUCAAGAUCACAGGUUUGAUUCCCAGGGAACAUGCAUUCCGAUUAAAUAUAUACCUUAAAUGCACUACAAGGGCUGUUCAGACCAAAUGCAUUCUUACAUGAAAAUAGAUAAAAGCAAGACAGCACAACAAUUAGAACACUGGUGUCUCGAGUCGUGUUUUUAAAAGUUGAAGUAAUUUUUAACUUGACAUGGCGUCUUAAAAAAAGUGUGCUGAGAACUGUAAAAUGUGUGGACGUUAACAGAAAAACUAUUGAAAAUCAGCACAGACGGACGCAAAAAUGUGUUUGGUGUGAACGCCACUUCAGUCGUUUCGGAAUAAAGCAUCUGCUAAAUGUGUAAUUGUAGUACAUGUUGUCCUUAAUCUAAUAAUUUUAAUAAUAAAUAGUGUCCAAAUUCCUGAUGGGAUGAUUUUAAUUACUGUAUAACAAAAAUGAGUACGACAUUUAAUUUUGUAUUACCGUACUGUAAUAAGAAAUUUGGGGGAAAUACUUAUGAUAUUGUCAUAAUGUCACAAUGCAAAAAUGUUAAUUGUCCUAAAAACAGGCUUCAUUUUCUUCAAGGAAGAAUUUUGUAAUGAAAUAUGACCUGAUAGCUCCUCUAUGAGAUUUACCCAAAAAGUGAGGCACUAGUUACAUUUAUUUACAUUUUUGAAUUCAGAAUGUAUCCGCUCAGUUAGAAAUCUGAUGAUGAUUUUGUAAUAUUCUCCACACAUUUUUGCCUCUUAAUCCGAUCUAAAAGGUAUGUUGAAGCAAAUACGGUGUUUGAAAUAUCAAUUUCAUCUUGUUCCUGAGUUUAUAGUAUUUAAGUGUCUAGAUUUUGCUAAGAUUAAUUAUGAGGUUUGCAUUCAUGGUUGGUCUGUUGGUGUGACUGUUGUGUGCGUAUGGUUCCCUUUUUAAUUUUCAGUAACCUUAAGUCAAGUACUCUGAUCUGAAUAUUGUUCCGAUGCAAGUUACAAACACGUUCACCAAUUGUUACUUGACACUAAGUAAAUGUGAGGGUAUAUUUGCACAUAUGAACUUAGAAAUGCAUACUAUGUAAGAGCAAAACUGUUCCGUUUUCAUCUUUAAAUAAUUUUCAAAACAGACUGUUCAUUUCCUAAAAUUUUCCAGUUAAUGAAACAUGUUAUUAAUGAAAUGCAUAAGCUAUGUAUGAACCUGCGGGAUAGUUUGUUUUAAAAAUAUGUACCUAUGUGCAUCGUUUCUGGAACAUGCCAAAUUUUAUACAAAAAGCCCAUACUAAAGACAAUCAGGUGUUUCUGAUAAAGCUGAAGUCGUUGUGGCACAUUAAAAGGCACACAAUUCAACUCUAUUGGGCUCAAAGUACAAAGACAAAUUAAUGUGAAUUUUCCUGAUAGAUCCCUUUUACUUUGCUAAAGAUUUAUUAGCCAUUUGACACUGUGUCCAGCACCAACAUUAUUGAGGAUCUGACACUAGAGAUAAUUCCGAGCAGCUAGGAUCAUGUACAUUUCACUGUACAGUCUUUAUUAUUAUUUUAUCUAGCAUUUAGUUCACCCAAUAAGUUAAUUCUGUCAUUUACUCACCCUCAUGCUGUUCCAAACCUGUAUGACUUUCAUCUGCAGAACACAAAGGAGAUGUUUGGCAGAAUGUUAAAGGACAUAAAUAUUGAUCUGUAUUUCACCCACAUCUAACAUAUGACUUCAGAAGAUGUAGAUGUAACCACUGGAGAAUUAUGGGUUACUUUUAUGCUGCCAUAAUGUGCUUUUUGGAGCUUUAAAGUUUUGGUCUCCAUUUACUUGCAUUUUAUGGACCUACAAAGCUGAGAUAUUCUUCUAAAUACCUCUUUUUGUGUUCAGCAGAAGAAAGCCAUACACAUGUGGGAUGGCAUGGGGUGAGAAAAUCAUGAGAGAAUUUUAAUUUGUGGGUGAACUGUCCCUUUAAGCACUAACAGGCUCAGUCACCAUGUACUUUCGUUGCCUUUUUCCCAUAGAGUGAAAUUGAAUGGUGACUGAGGAUAACAUUCUGCCUAAACACUCCUUUUAUGUUCACUGAAGAAAUUCAUACAUGUUUGAAACAUCACAUGAGUAUGUGAUGAUAGACUUUUUAAAUCUGGGGGUGAAAAUAUCCCUUUAAGUCUCAUCAGCACAGACAGUCCUGUGAACAUAAGUUUUUAUUUUCUAGUGUGUGUGUGUGAAAUGUAAGUGUGUGGAUUGGUUGAAGGUUUGCAGACCUGUGGUUGCAUGUUUUACUCUUUUUGAGCAUGCAGAGAGAGUUGUACUCCUCUGCUGUUGGACUCUUCAUUUCUGCUUUGCUUGUCUACAAAAUGAGGACGGUACACAUCCUAUUCCUUGCAAUUGCUACAUUUGCAUAAUUGUUUUUGAAGUAGAUAAUUUCUUCUAGAUAGACUUUGGUGGAACAAGGGAAAAAAAGCAUUAUAUUUUAUUUAGAAUGCAACGGUUGAUGGAUUUUAUUGUCAAAUUUCUUGACUUUUUUUUUAUGUCAUAUACUGCUUUUUUGUCAGGGAUUUUUGGUUUCACUCUUAAGUAGAUGUACAUCUAAUCAAAUGCCAAAUAAAUUGUACCAUGAAGGACGAA